AGAGGAUGUGCGAGUUUCAGUCGCUGCUGCCUCGUGGGAGUGAUUCAGUCAGAGGUACACCAAGGAUAUGAUGCACAGGCACAUGCAUGGAACAAGCAGGGUUUGAUGAUAUCGCAGCAUCGGAUCAGAUUAGUUUGCAGCAUAAAGUUUGCUGGAGGAGCUUCAAGUUUUAGGUGAUGACUGGGAGAGUCACGCAGCUGGAGGCUCGUUCAAGAUCACGAUGAAGGCUUUCUGGAUGUUCUUGAUGCUCGUUGGCUGCUGGACAUCGACUGCGACUCAUUCUCUGAGCAGCUGCACAUUUAAAUACAAACUUCAAACCGUCUGCAUACCUGCCGGACACAAUGCAACUGUGACCUGCCCAGAGCUGACCGGAGAACUCGUUCGAUUCAACUUCCUCAAGAACCAAGAACUGAUUUACAGCCACAAAUGCAACAACACCCGAAAAACUCUGAACUGCACCUCACACUCCUUCAGGGAUGGAGGGGAGCCGCGUGUGAAGAUGGAGAAUAAAUCGGCACGGUUCGAGCUCACAGCAGUGAACGCAAGCAGCCACGCAGUCUACCUUUGUGUGGCCGAGGUCCUGUUUCCACCGCCCCUUCCUCCUCCUGUGCCAAGUCCUGAGGGGGUGGUGGUGCUUGUCGAAGGACAUCAAUGCAACAAGGUCAACAAACAAGAAAAUCAUCGUCAUCCAGAUGCAGAACAAAGGAGCGACCACUUAUGGAUUUGGAUUCUGGUGAUUGUUUCUGUUAUAAUCUACAGCACCAUCAUCACCGUCUUCGCCUUGAGCUUCUGGGUCAAACUGAAGAAGACGGACUCUCAGAGUGACUACAUGAACACCAAACCCAGACCACCAAGAGGGCCCAGGAAGAACCGAGGGGUUCAAAAUCCUGCACCACGAUACUUUUGAUAACCUGUGCACCCACCUAAUCAUUUCCACAGCUAUCCCUUUAAGUGAGGACAUGAACUUUCUUGAUAGCAACACUUGGUGUGUUCCUGCAGCGGAAACAUAGCAGCUCGUUUCACAGUUGUACCUGUGUGAAAACAAAUAAAACAACAUUUCCUGGUUUGCUAA